AUGUCCUUGUGGAAGGAGGCAGCCCAGUGGGUGGUGUCAGAGUUCCAGCAGGGGAAGGAGGGCGUCCACAGGGGAGUACAGCAGACAGCGGAUCACCCUCUCGACAUCCACCGCACGCAGUGCCCCGCGCAGGAGAAACGCUCUUGUCUCCGAGUCGUCGAGGUUGUGGUAACUGCUGGUAACAGUCAGAACAAUGAGCUGCGUUGCCAGACUAGGUUCAUCAUAGGUGCUUCUGCGUGCCCCGCUGUUCUGAUGACCUGGGACCCCAACCAUCUGCAAUGUGCUGUUCAACGCACGACGAACCUAGGGAAGGUGGCAGAAGCCCCACUGGAAAUAAGUAGUAGGGCAGUUGAAGAUCAACUUAAGAUAUGUGGCCACAAGAGGGAUGCUGAUGUCUUUGAGCUGUUUCUUUCUCAAAAGGAACUGACAGAAGUCAUUGAUCUUUCUAGGUUUAAAAAAUUAAAAUACUUAUGGCUGCAUCAUAACAAGCUCCAUGGAAUAACAUUUCUAACUAGAAACUAUUGUUUGGCAGAACUAUAUCUAAACAACAAUGCAAUAUUUGAUAUAGAAGGUCUGCACUAUUUGCCUUCAUUGCAUAUACUCUUGCUACAUCACAAUGAGUUAACCAACAUUGAUGCAACAGUGAAGGAAUUAAAGGGAAUGCUGAAUCUGAAGACUCUAAGUCUCUACCAAAACCCUUUGUGCCAAUACAACCUGUACCGUUUAUAUAUAAUCUACCACCUUCCAGGAGUAGAGCUGCUUGACCGAAAUCAAGUUACAGAAAAAGAAAGAAGAUCAAUGAUUACAAUUUUUAACCAUAAAAAGGCUCAUAUUGUUCAGUCAAUAGCAUUCGGAGGAAAAGUAGAUGCCUCAUGGGAUCCUAGAUCACCAUUUAAGCAAAAACCAGCCCAGAGAGUACCUUCAGACUUCGCAUUUGCAAAUAACGUAGACAAAACUGUGUUUGAUGAUUCAGAAGAUGCCGUUUUUGUAAGGUCCAUGAAGCGAUCGGCAAUGGCGAUUACGUGUCUGAACUGGGACACAGUUCCAACAAGAGAGGAAAAAUAUCUUGAAGAGAAAGACAUAGGACCCACACAAAUGCUCACAGUUACACUGAGAUAACAUCUGGGGUUUCUAGAAAUCCUUGUAGUUUUCAGUUAUAUAUUAAACAUUUCUGUGAU